GAAUCUGGAUGCAAAGAACCCUCUGGAAGAGGAGAUCUCAGAAGGCAUUGGUUUGGAAUGGAGUCUUGCCGAUGACAAAAUGGCUUCUGCUGCCAUUACUGUUGCCACAGCAGCAGUGGCUGCCAUGAAAACCCUCAUUGGGAUCCAGUCCCGUAUCUUCACAAGACUGGCCAUGCGCCAGAAGUUUCUGAGGCGGGAACGCGACCACUUGGACGAGCUUGAGCAGCUGGUAGAAAACGCGGCCACCACACGCCUCCGGGCCGUUGUUGAAUUGAGCAUCGACUCUUUGAAAGCCAUGAUGUGCUCCUGCCUCUUCCAGUCACCAGCCGUCCUCGCCGGCUUGAUAGACGAGCUGUACAUCAUGGAACGUGCUUUCUGGGUGCAGCCGGGCCGCUCUGAGUGGUGGGAGAAGGUCGUCUUGCCCCACUGGGAUGACCCACUUUGGCAAGAGAAUUUCCGGAUGAGCCGGCAAACGUUCAUGGAGCUGUGCGAGAUGCUGAGGCCGGUCCUUGAGCGGCAGACCACCAACAUGCGUGCUCCCAUUACUGUCGAGAAGCAGUUGGCCAUUGCUAUCUGGAAGCUGGCAACUCCAGACAGCUAUAGGUCAGUAGCCGAGUGUUUCGGUGUGGGCCGCUCCACCGUCUCAAGGAUAGUCAUGGAGGUUUGCCAGGCGCUUUACGACGUUUAUCACCACGCGGUCCACCUGACCCGUCCCCACGAGGUGAUGAAGGGCUUUGCGGCCAAAGGCUUUCCUCACUGCAUUGGGGCCAUCGACGCAACCCACAUUCCUAUCAUUGCUCCUGCGCAUCGAGCAACGGAGUACAUCAACAGCAAAGGCUAUUACUCUAUGGUCCUGCAGGCCCUGGUGGACCACGAUGGCCGAUUCACUGAUGUGUACGCUGGGCGGUCUGGGAAGGUGCACGAUGCGAGGAUCUUUCGCGGCUCUCCCAUUUUCCGCGCCAUGAAUCAAGGCACGUUUUGUCCCAAUGCCGUUAUGGAUAUGGAGGGUGAGCAAGUGAAACCGGUGAUCCUUGGGGACUCUGCUUAUCCUCUCCUAUCAUGGCUAAUGACUCCUUACUGCGGCCACUUGGACACCAGCAAGCAACGGUUCAACGACACCCUGAACCGCUGUCGAACAGUGGUUGAAUACGCUUUUGAGCGCCUCCGGGGCCGUUGGCGGUGCUUGCUGUCCCGCCUCGACGUGAGGGAGCGCUAUGCACCCAGGGUCAUCGUGGCCUGCUGCAUAUUGCAUAACAUCUGUGAGGCCAAAGGGGAGCCCCUUCAGGAUGGGUGGGAAGAGGUGGUGAGAUCUGUCUCAAGGUCUUACCAGCAGCCAGAGCGACAGCCGGUGUACGUGUCAAAUCCCCAUGCUCGGGAGAUCAGGGACCUUUUCAGUGCAUACUUGCAAAGGAGGGAGCAAGGAAACUAA